UUUUUGGCGAAAUUCAUAAACUCGCGCUAUGAACCACUGAUGUAAACGUGAGAAAACAUCAACGAACCGUGUACAACAAUGGCGAGGCAGGAGCGUGUGAGUAAAAUAAACGUAGUGAACGCUUCGGUUCGUUCGUGGCGCGCGAUUAAAACUUUUUUUUUCCCGAAUGAGCUUUCGUUUCAUAUAGCCUUCGCCACUGCAUUUUUAGCCGAAUCAGUCUCUUCUCCAUUAUGACUAUAAAUACCCACCAACACACCACAAUCAUUUCUAUAUCAAACUUUUCCUUCACUUUCUCGAGAAACUAACCUCAUUGCUUAAGUACGGACCUCCUGUAGUUAGUAUUAGUGUCCUUCUGUGUUCAUCUAACGUAUUUCAAGAUUUUUGAAGCCCCUCUCCUUCUUGUAUAAGAACUCGGGCGAUCAUUUUUUCUCCUUCGGAAGUAGCGGACACUGAGAAAUGGGUGCAGGGAGGAAGACUGAGACUUAUUGGUUGAAAGAAAAAUCUGUACCUCAGGCUCAGUGGCCAUCGAACUUCAGCUCAACUGCUAGAAAUUUGAGAAAAAAUGAUCUUGGGGGAGUCAUAUUUGGUUGCAAGCAUAGCACUUUCAAAGAAUGCAUUUUGAAACAGUUGUUUGGAUUACCAGCUCCACAUUUCUCGUAUGUGCAGAACAUAAAGCCUGGUUUGCCCCUGUUCUUAUUCAACUAUAGCGAUAGGAAACUUCAUGGAAUUUUUGAGGCUGCAAGUGCUGGACAAAUGAAUAUAAAUCCACAUGGUUGGACUGCAGAUGAAUCUGAUUAUACCCUUUAUCCUGCACAAGUGAAGAUUCGAGUUCGGAUGGAGUGCCAGCCCUUGGUUGAAGAUCAGUUUGGACCAAUAAUUACUGAUAACUACUAUGAGCCUAAACUGUUUUGGUUUGAACUUGACCGGGAUCAAACAGAAAAACUAAUUUCUUUGUUUUCAUCAUUUCUGACAACUGUGCGUGCUGCUAUCUCAGCGAAUACUGAGACUUCAAACUCUGUUUACAAUGCAGCAUUCCCUGUGCCUAAUAGAAGGCGAGAAGAAAUAGUGAAGUCCCUAAAUGUUGCUAACCCUGAUCAGACUAACACAGAUGGAGAAAACCGUAAUACAUGGAGUUCACCCAAGUUAGGUAAUUCUAACCGUGAAAAUGGAAAUUGGGUUCAUGGAGGCUUAGAUGAUGAAGAACGAUGUUUGGAAGCUAUAGAUCAUAAAAAAUCAGCUCAAACGUUAAAAACUGGUGUUAUAAACCAAACAAAAAGUUGUGAUUAUUCUUACUCUUCUGCUGUACAAACCAUGGGAACUUCCCAUCCACGAAAAUUUUGGAGCGAAUUGUUCAAAGGUUCAAAUGCUGAGGAUGCUGGAGAGGAAAGUCAAGACAUUAAGUUACCAUCUUCAGGCUCAACAAACCUUUCUAUAUCUGAUGAUUCUAGUUUGGAUGAAAAGGGAAAAUGUUUAGAAGUUGUUGUUGAUGAUUCAGAAAACUACGAGGAAUACAUGAACCUGGGACUAAUUAAUGAACUAUUGAAUUCCCCUGUCAAGAAAGAAGGAUAUACUUAUUUUACAAGUUGCACUCAAAAGGACACUAUACCAACUUCUCUAACAACAAAUAAAGGUCCUCCCCCUCAUUUAGAAUUUGGAAGGCAACCUUUGAAAGCUGCUGUAGGUGAGGAUACAGACAGAAUGAUUGAAACAAUGGACAUCAUGGAAAUGAAUGCUUCUGAUUUCAACUCUAUUUUUCCGAUGUUACUACGUGAAAUCAAAGAGCUGAAAUCAUCUCUUGGAGAAGAAGAUCGCAAAAUCAAUCUUUUGGAGCAUGAUAUGGUUAAAUCAAGAUUAGUAAUUCAACUCUUAAAAGAUAGAUGCAUUGCAUUGGAAAAUCAGCUAUUUAAACAAAGUGGGAAUGAUGAACAAGAGGAGUCCGAGUCCAUCAAUGAUCUUCAUCCAAACCUUGAUGAGUUAGUACUUUUAGUGGGAGGAUUUGAUGGUUCUUCAUGGUUACCAGCUUUAGAUUUUUAUCAUCCUUCUUUAGAUCAUAUGGAACACCGUAGCUCCAUGCGUUUUGCACGUUCAUAUGCCUGUGCUGCAAAUCUAAAUGGAGAAAUCUAUAUUUUGGGCGGUGUAUGCAACAAUGUGUGGUAUGAUGAAGUCGAAUCAUACAACCCGGUGUCGAAUCAGUGGACUAGAUGUCCUUCAUUGAAUCAAAAGAAUGGAAACUUUGCGGGAGUUUCUUUUGAUGAUAAAAUCUAUGCAAUUGGUGGUGGAAACGGCAAUGAAUAUUUCUCAACGGUGGAAAUAUUUGAUGUGAACAAUGGAAAGUGGAUCCCAGCUCAACCCAUGCUACAUAAGAGACUUUCCUCAGCUGCUGCCGAAAUCAAUGGUGCAAUCUAUGCCGUGGGAGGAUAUGAUGGAAAGAACUAUUUAAAAUCAGUAGAAAGAUUUGAUCCUCGUGAACGUUCAUGGAGAAGACUUGAGAGCAUGUCAACGAAGAGAGGUGGUCAUACAGUUGCAGUUCUUAAUGAAAAACUAUUUGUUUUGGGCGGUUACAAUGGUCAGAACGUAAUGUCUUCUGUUGAGAUUUUUGACCCUCGUCGUGGCUCUUGGAUGAUGGGGGACUCCAUGAAUGACUCUCGGGGCUAUUCUGCAGCUGCUGUGAUUGAAAAUACAAUUUAUGCCAUUGGCGGCAUAAAGGGUGACAAUGAGAUUUUAGAGACCGUGGAAUGCUACAAAGAAGGUCAUGGAUGGCAAAAGACUAAUCUCAAAGCCAUUGGGAAAAGGUGCUUCUUCUCUGCCAUUGUUUUGUAAGGUUGGAGACUGAAAGCUGGUGUUGUCUAACAAACUAACACGUCCGGUUGCAGCUGAUUAUAAUCUUAAAUAGUAUUAUAACAAGUACAAAUACUAAAGCUGAAAACAAAUACUAUCCACUCGUACUUCCACACUUUAAAAAAUAUGGUGUUUAUAUAAAUAUUACUUAAAAAUAGCUAUGUCCAAACAUGAGUUACUUUGCAAAAAAGAAAAGGGAAAUUUGGAAUUCUCAACGGGCUUCCGUAUGUUAUCAUUAUUCAUUAUCAUUACAAGCAAAUCGCUUACUGUUAAUUCAUUUUAAUAUGGAGGGGAAAUCAGCGUUGACAUAAGGAGAGCCAGCCAUUUUGGCAAAUGGUGUUUUACCUUCUCUUUUUAAUUUGGUGUUGCAGAUGCUAACAUAUAUUUCUACACAGUAAAAGAUAACGAGUGUUUUUUAUGGUGCACCCCUAAAAGUCCUCAUCGUGUUUUUUUAAUUGUGGUUAUUUUAUUAAUUUACAAAAUAAUUUAUUUUAUGUGUAUAAAAAAAAAAAAAAAAAAAAAAAAAAACUCAUGUGCAACAGAUUAUGAAUAUAGAAAAAGAAAAAAAAAAAAAAAAAGAACUCGUAGCAUAACAUUUAUCUUUCAACAUGCAAUGAAUAUGAAUAUUUGUGCCCUAUUGUGCCUUUUGAGAGGUAGGUAUCGUCCAGAAGAAAUACACUUACACAUCAAUCAUCCAUAUUAAGCAACAACGAAAAUGGUUAUAUCUAACUCAAAUCUAUUUUCAACAGUACACGACUUGAUUAAUUAUUCCUUGACAUUAUUCAGUCAUUUAAAUUUUUAACCGACUACAAUUACAAAAGUCACCAACUUGAUAUUGAAUCUAGUAACGCCAUAGCUAAAAAAACAAGAAUAAAAAAAAACUCAAGUUUUGCAAGAGCCUCAAAGAUCCCCAACUAUAAGCAAUUACCCGAAUUUGCUUUGCAAAGAGGCGAGGCUCUUCACCUGAUACCAUGAAAUGAUGGUAAGACAGCAAUAAGUGGGUCUCCGUAACCAACUGCUUCU